GUUAGACCCGAAAUGAUGGACACUCUAUACAAGUAUGCUAAAUUCCAGUAUGAGUGUGGCAACUAUGCCGGUGCCGCUGAGUAUUUAUACUUUUUUAGAGUUUUGUCACCUGGUGGAGACAGAAACUCUCUGAAUGCUUURUGGGGGAAGCUUGCCUCRGAAAUCCUCAUGCAAAACUGGGACACGGCUUUGGAUGAUUUGAACAGACUAAAGGAAGUGAUUGAGGGAAAUACAUCUGCUGGAACACUACAACUACUGCAAGAAAGAACUUGGCUAAUCCAUUGGAGUUUGUUUGUGUUUUUCAAUCAUCCUAAAGGACGUGAUCUUAUUAUUGACUUAUUUCUUUACCAACCACAAUAUUUGAAUGCAAUUCAAACUAUGUGUCCACAUAUUCURAGAUAYUUAACCACAGCAGUUAUCACCAGCAAAAGACGUCGUCAAGUGCUUAAGGACCUGGUUAAGGUCAUACARCAAGAAUCAUACACAUACAGAGAUCCCAUCACAGAGUUCUUAGAAUGUCUAUAUGUGAACUUYGACUUUGAUGGAGCACAGACUAAGCUUAGGGAGUGUGAGACAGUUUUAGUAAAUGACUUCUUUCUUGUCGCUUGUCUGGAUGACUUUAUUGAGAAUGCAAGACUUUUCAUCUUUGAGACAUUCUGUAGAAUUCAUCAGUGUAUWAGUAUCAGUAUGUUGGCUGAUAAACUGAACAUGUCACCUGAAGAAGCUGAAAGAUGGAUUGUCAACCUUAUCAGGAAUGCUAAAUUAGAUGCAAAGAUAGACUCAAAACUAGGACAUGUAGUGAUGGGUGUCCAGGCCCCCUCAGUCUAUCAACAAAUCAUUGAGAAAACCAAAGGUAUUCAUUUUAAAACUCAAAUGUUGGCUGGAAACAUUGAGAARAAACUGUCAUCAGACAAGGGUGGAUAUGAUUCAUAUGGGAACUCUUGGAAUGCAUACGAUCCUCAGCAUUAUUGAUGACAGAGCCCUUAAACAGAUACCCUCGAAGAUGUGCUAGAUUAACUUUAUUCAAUGUUCAUUAGAAUGAAGAAAGUUAACCCAUGAUAUAGGUAUUAGAUUAGCCAAUGCUAGUACUGACAAUGUAUCUCACUAGAUAUAUAUAUUCAKAGUUGAAUUAACUGUGAUAUAUUGCAUUCCAAUAUGGAAAAUGGUGUAUAAUACACUUCACUAUUGAUGUAGUGUAUGCUAAUUUUUAUCAUCUUGUAUCUUGGAGGAUAUUUUGUUUAAAAUUAAAAAUUAUACAGAAUGCAGUUA